AUGGAAAACCCCUACGAAUCCAUCCCGAUAUCUGUGGAUGCAUGGAAUCUGUACGCGCCGCUCGCAUUUAUCCUGGACUCGAUCGAAAAAGAUAUUCGAGGGAAUGGUCGGGACAGCUGCAUCUACCUCUACUUUCAAGACAGUGAAGACCACCAGCCAACAGUCUCGGACAUUCUCAUCAAUUUGUUGAAACAGCUUCUGCAACAACAGACCGAGGCCAUCAAAGGCGAGCUGAAGGAUAAGUACGACUACUGGUGCCGUACAAAGAUCUUCCCCGAGUCAUCCGACUACCUCCACCUAUUUAAGGCCGAGGUUGCGAACUUUCGUACGGUAUACCUUGUUAUUGAUGCCUUCGAUAAUUGCCAGAGCGAACAAGCCAGGAACGAGAUGCAUAAAUUCGUCAAACAAUUGCCAUCCAACGUUAGGGCUCUGGUCACUUCAAGAACGCUCGUUGGCCUUGAGCUCUCAAGGCCCCAAAGAUUGCACGUUGUCCCAAAUAAAAACGACAUCACGAAUUACGUUAAAUGGCGGAUUCAGAAUGACUUGAUGCGACGGAGGAUGGAGGGUCUUGAUCUUAUAUUCGAACGGGUCAUUGUCCGCGAAAUCAUAGCGGCAUCCAAGGGCAUGUUUCUUCUAACUAAGCUGCAUAUGGACGCCCUGAGUGAGCAAGGAACGGUUGGUGGUAUCAAAUCUGCGCUGAAAGAACUGCCCGGCAACGAAUCUGGCGCAUUUGCAGCUUCCAUCCGGCAAAUUGCGAGGAAGGAGAAAGAGAACAAGUUUGAACGCGGUCUCGCCAAGCACGUUCUGACUUGGAUCAUGCACGCGAAAGGGCCAUUGACCCCCGACUUGAUCCAAGAAAGCUUUGCUGUUCAAUACAGCAAAGGGCGUCUUAACAAAGACUACAUACUCACGGAGGUCGAUUGGACGUCAGUUUGUGCUGGCUUGGUCGUUAUGGAUAUAGAAACGCAGAUACUCUGUCUGGUGCACGAUUCCGCCGGAAAAUAUCUGUUGGAACAAGGCAUCAUACCACGACAAGCUGACUUGGACAUGGCGAAGACAUGCCUGAAAUACCUGCUGUUUGAUCAGCCUGGCGAAUACACAACGCGCCCGUUGUUCAAAUAUGCCGCCAGCCACUGGGCGACUCAUCUUUGCCUCGGAGGGCAACAAAACGACUCCCAGACAGGUGAAUUGGCGCUGGAAUUUCUCAGAGAUAGGGUCAAGGUAAAGCAGGCAUUCCAAGCCAUGGCGGGCACGGAUGGCUCAGCGUUCGAUGGGAUGACGGGGCUGCACGCCGCCACAUACUUCAACCUUCAAGGAUUGGCCAAACGUCUCAUUGACGACGGAGUCGAUAUCAACGCUUCGUGUUCCAACAAGCAGACAGCCCUACACUGGGCUGUCCAGUACAACAGACCCGCUCUUGUGGAGUUGCUGUUGCAACAGAAGACGGUAGAUCCUAAUCUUCAAGAUGAGAACGGCGAUACCCCACUCCACGUCGCCGUCAUAUGGUCUAUGGGGAACAGCGAUAACAUCGUGGACAAGCUGGUGACCGGCAAGGCCUGGCUUGACAUUCGCGGCGGUAAAGGGUUCACUCCGUUGUCGUGGGCAAUACGGUAUGGACCUCUUUCCAUUACAAAGAUAUUGAUCAACAGCCUGGUGGAUGUCAAUGCAGAGGUCUGCGAGGGCUGGUCUCCACUGAGGCAAGCCAUGUUUUACGGCCCAAACGACAUCGUGGAUUUAUUGUUGAGGAAGGGGGCUGAUCUGAACCAUCCCUCCGUUGUUGACGGAUGGACGCCACUCAGGCACGCAGUCGAAUGGAAAGACAUGCGAAUGAUUCAGCGCUUGCUCAGCAGAAGGUCUAACCCGGUGAACGUGAACGCAGAGUUCGAAAACGGAUCAAAUCCACUGUUAGAGGCAGUGAAAGGACAGAAUCGGUACAUUGUCUGGAUGUUGCUGGAGAAAGGGGCGGAACUUGACCAUCAGGACGGGAAGGGGAAGACCGCCCUUCACCAUGCAAUUGAGCGUGGGGAUAGAUCAAUUAAAUGGCUCUUGGUUACCAAGAAUGCGAGCCUGACCCCUCGGGAUAAGCAUGGACUCAACGUCCUCGAUUGGGCGAUAGAGCACCACGACCUCUCGAUGGCAUGGCUGCUCUGUGAGAGCGGAGCCAACAUAGAUGCUGCCAAUGAAAACGGCAUGACGGUGCUCCAUCGAGCUUCCGGACGGGGCCUUCUAGAGGCUGUGCGGUUUCUUCUGGGAAGACAGGCAAUAACAGAUCCAGUGGAUAACAAUGGGUGGACGCCUUUGCACUAUGCCGUGAUGGAGGGCCACGAGAGCAUCGUCAAGCUGCUUGUAUCGAUGGGAGCCAAGCCAAUGUGGAAGAUGUGCCACGCGCCAGUAUAA